UAUAAUUGUUUUGAAUAUGUGGGCCCAAAAUCUAUGCCACGUAGGAUGACAAGUCAUCUUAGUCACAUGUAAAAUUACAUAUUGAUGGUGACUUUAACAUACAGUGCGUAAUCAAAAGAAUGACACCACGCGCAUAGCAUAAGUUUGUCAUUUUUUUCUAUUCUACCCCUCGUAAAACUAAAGAAUUUCCUUAAUUUAGAUUAAACUCUAAGGGUAUAAUGUCAUUUGAUCAACUCUCUUUCACUUCAAAAUUCUUAUAAGGCCAUUAGAUCAAUAUUAAAAUUCAUUCCAUCAAGUUACUGUGACAUAAUCUCUUAAUUUUCCAAAUUUCUCCAAUGGCAAUUUCUUCUAAAUUUGUACCUAUUCUUCUCAUCAUUGUCAUCCUUGUCUCAUUUCCAUCAAAAGCCAAAAGUGCAUCUGAAAUUAAUCGUAAAGCAACAUGUGGUUCAGAUACUGGUAAAGAAGGAUGUAAAGCCAACAAAAAUGACGCCUUAAAAUUGAAACUCAUCGCCAUUGCUUCAAUUCUUGUGACAAGCAUGAUUGGUGUAUGUUUACCACUUUUCUCUCGUACGAUUCCUGCGUUACAACCCGAUACAAAAUUAUUCGUGUUGGUUAAGGCAUUUGCUUCUGGAGUUAUAUUAGCCACGGGGUACAUGCACGUUUUGCCUGACUCGUUCGAUGAUCUUAGGUCAGAGUGCUUGCCGGAGACACCUUGGAGAAAAUUUCCAUUUACCACGUUUGUUGCUAUGCUUUCGGCUAUUUUGACAUUAAGUGUGGAUUCAUAUGCCAUGAGUUACUUUAAGAAGCAUAAAUUGGAAAGUGGAGAUGGAAAUGGGGGAGAUUAUGUUCACAAUAAUGGUAAGAUGGAGUCACAAAAUGGCCACGUUCAUGGACUAGCCAAAUGUGAAGAUAAAGCAUCGCAAUUGCUUAGGUAUAGGGUUGUGGCUCAGGUUUUGGAGUUAGGAAUUAUCGUGCAUUCAGUAGUGAUAGGACUAUCCAUGGGAGCAUCUGAUAAUCCAUGUACAAUUAGGCCACUAGUAGCUGCUAUGUGCUUCCAUCAACUUUUUGAAGGAAUGGGUCUAGGAGGUUGCAUCCUACAGGGGGAAUAUGGGAUGAAGAUGAAAGCUACUUUGGUGUCGUUUUUCUCACUAACAACACCAUUGGGAAUAGCACUUGGAAUAGGAUUAUCAAAUGUGUAUAGUGAGGAUAGUCCAACAGCACUCAUAGUGGUGGGAUUGUUGAAUGCAUGUUCAGCAGGUCUAUUGAAUUACAUGGCACUUGUGGAUCUCCUUGCUUAUGAAUUCAUGGGCACCAAAUUGCAGAACAAUAUGAAGCUUCAAACAUGGGCUUAUCUUGCUGUUUUACUAGGUGCUGGUGGAAUGUCUGUCAUGGCCAUAUGGGCUUAAAAAGAUUCUUCAAUUAAUCAUUUUUCGAUUUCAUUUAGUUUUGUUUACAAUAUCAUUGUGUAACUUUAGGAAAUCAUAAUAGCUCAGUUGAUCGUUAGAUAUGUAUCUGAACUUUCACCUUGUUGGUUGAGUGUUCUAUCAUGUCCGCAAAACAUAAAUGAAAUGAUAUUUAUACAA